GUUCUGUCAUUCUCCGUCAAGGUUGUUACCGCUGCUUCACCAAGGCAUCGCUUACUCAUAAUCAUCGUGACAUCCCUCUCUCUGCUCGUGUCCACUUCAAUGAGUGCCGGGAUCCAGGAUCCAUACGCUGUCAAGGUCACACACGGAGUUCUUGUGACAUGUGACUCGGCAGCCAAACAAAUUCUUCUGCAUCUCGAUGAGCAACGGGAUGGACCCUCAAAAUUCAUCCUACAUGACGUCAAAGACUCUUCACAUCUGCUCGUGAGGAGCCAGUACUUGGAGGAGGUCAAGGAUCUGCUUCAAGAGGAAGUGAGCAUAUGAUUCGGGACAUCCUCGAGGAUGCCCAAACUGACCUUUCGGUUCAGCUUGAGAAGAAUACAUAUGUCCAGGCCCCGAAUGCCUAGAAUCACCAUCACUGGCAUGAUGUCCCCCUCUGCACACAGUCCAGCGGUCGCAACGGCUCGUGAGAAAAGCUCACGUGGCCUUAGCAUAAGAAGACGCUUCGCCGCUCCUCACUUGCCAACCUUGGUGUUAAGAUCGAAAUGCUCCUCUAUCACACCUAGUCAGGUCGGCUCUCUAAUGUCAGUCAAUUCGAGGCCCCGAGUUUGGACCUUCGCCCGCAUUGAAUACUGCACUAUGCAUUUCGCUCAUGU